AUGCCAGCCAUCGAAAGUGAAUCGUCAUCUAUCUGCAAUUUGCUCUUGAUUUCUAUUGACCGCUAUGUUGCUAUAUGUGAUCCAUUAGUCUUACUGCCACUUGUAAACUCCUUCAUUAAUCCAUUGAUUUAUGCUUUCUUUUAUCCAUGGUUCAAAGUGACAGUUAAGCAUAUUUUAACUCUGAAGAUCAGGUUUUCAGACGACUUUAAAUAG